UCUCAGUUGACAGUCACUCGCACAAUCUAAACUAUCAGCGGCUGUUAACUUCACCAUGGUGAGGAGGAAAACAAGAAGCGACUACAGCUGAAGAGGAAAAGUUUCUCGUUUAUGCCUUCGACGUCAUUUACUGUUUAAAAAGGAUAUUAUAAUGUUUUAGGAAACGUCGCUUUCUUGAAAGUUUUGCGCCGGAAAACCAAAUAACGCACGACUUGAUUGUAUUUCCACGGAGACGCGCGGCACGAUGAAGCACUGAAAGCGCGAUUGGAGACAUCUGUCACUUUCUGUGAGAAAUCACGCUACUCUGAACACUUUACUGGCUGCUCUAAAAGCAUCUACCCCGUGGGUAAGUGACAGUUCUGCGUAAGGAAUUUUACCUGAACAGGUGAAACGUGUCAUCAUGUCCAAACCCAUGGAUCACGUUAAGCGUCCUAUGAAUGCGUUUAUGGUGUGGUCCAGAGCCCAACGGCGAAAAAUGGCCCAGGAGAACCCGAAAAUGCACAACUCCGAGAUCAGCAAAAGACUCGGGGCGGAGUGGAAACUUCUCACGGAGUCCGAAAAGAGGCCGUUCAUUGACGAGGCGAAGCGACUGCGGGCGAUGCACAUGAAGGAACACCCCGACUACAAAUACAGACCCAGGAGAAAGCCCAAGACUUUAAUGAAGAAGGACAAAUUCGCGUUCCCCAUGGCAUAUAACUUGGGAGACCACGAAGCGCUGAAAUUGGGCGGCUUACCGAGCGCGGCGCUUUCCGAGUCUUUCCUCAACAACCCCGACAAGGCUGCGGCGGCGGCUGCUGCUGCCGCGGCCCGGGUCUUCUUUAGCCCGUCCAUGCACACGAAUCCUUAUUCGUUUUUUGACCUCGGGUCCAAAAUGAGCGAGCUUUCUCCGCCAUCGUUUCCCUACGCAUCACCGCUGGGUUACCCGACAGCGGCGACGGCGUUCUCUGGCGCGGGGACUGUUGGCACCGGGACGCAUACCCACACGCACCCGUCGCCGGGUAACCCGGGCUACAUGAUUCCGUGUAACUGUGCGGCGUGGCCGUCCGCAGGACUUCAGCCACCACUUGCCUAUAUUUUACUUCCCGGAAUGGGCAAACCACAACUCGAACCCUAUCCUGCGUACGCAGCGGCUUUAUGACACUCUGUUUUGCGUGAAAUAGAUACAUGCAAUACCUAUGGCGCAUGCACAAAACUGAACAUGUGAUACAACGAUAAUCAUAUCAGACAUCACACGUGUUCGUAUAAAGAUGAAUGCCUUGAUGUAAGGUAACGCGUACAGCUUGGAGAGGAAAGAUAUUCUUGUCAAAUGGGUCGAGUGAGAUCCACGAAGCCAGUAUGCCCUCAUCAAUGUGAAUAAUGAUUCGAAAAGAUGCCACAUUUUGUUGGUGCACUAACCUGUUGACGCUGUAACUAGUUUACUGUGUCCUGAGAUAACACUGUACAUCGGUAAAUGCUGUUAACGUGGUUAGAUUAUCGUGCUGAAUAUAAUGAAAAGUGCAUUCAUAUUUUCUGUUUAAUUCUGGACUUGCAGGACCGUCUGAAAAUCACCCUAGCUUUUCAAACCGGUCUCCAUAUUGCUGUAAAUGUGUACAGUUUGAUUCAAUCUGCUGGACUGGAAAUCAGGUGUAUAUUUUGAGUUUCCAAUACUAUUUCAUGGAUGUACAGUAUGUAAUAUUUAUUGUUCAGUGAAACAUUGCCCUGUUUGUUAAUUCGUGGGACAUGCCGUGUCCUUUGACAUUUGCACAAAAGGGGAGACACCAUUGAGCACUUAGUGUAAUUUAUUGAUAGAGAAACACACGAAGUAUACUAACAUGCCCAGGUUUCGGAACAUUUCAAGCUGGGUGCUGGCCCGUCGACAACUAUCACAGACCGAUGCGUUCACGGAGAAGCGCGGUCCGUUUUUUACUAACUCAAAGUGAAACUGUAUGUUAUCUGUUUUGCAUAAAUGUACCUAAAAUGCCUAUGGUUCAUUUAUUGAACAAAGGGAAUAUAAUAAAGAGUAUGCGGA